CUGUCCCUUUCGAUAUUCACGAAGAAACCGGUCGCUCCUCUCUUCGUUCCAACUUCCUUCAUUCUUAUCCUUUUCUCAGUAGCGCGACGCAAUCGUCGGCCGAUUAACGCAUUGGACAUCGUAACGUAGAUGCGACUACGUUCUUCAGCUUGUAACUCGCAUAAAUUUCUCAUUCAUUAGUUGGAUUACGCCAUUACGUCCGGCGACGACGACGACAACGACGACGAUGAUGAUCGUCGUUCAGUUCUAUCGGAAAUUUAUAUCAUACAGUCAUGGGACGACGCCACCUCUCGCUCAAGGAGAGCGAUCAAUUCUGGAGGGAAAUAUCGUACGGUAUCCCGUACAUUUACGGAUAAAGUACCGCUAGCCGCACACACUCGGACGUGCGUUGCGGUACGCAUACACGCACGCGUGCCGACUUACUCACCGACACGAUGCGCGACGGGACACACGUGAGUGGAGAAGGAGCGAAGGAAGGGAGGAUGACGGAAGAAAAGCUAGAAAGGAGAACGGGACGGAGAGGGAAAGAGGAAGAAGAGAGCGUAAAUCUGGAGGAAAAUAGGAAAAAGAGCGAAUGCUCCUUGCAGUUGCGGAGGAGAGUGGCGGCGAUGGUUGGGGGGGGGGAGGGAAGGAAGGGUCAGAAGACAAGCGUGAACCGCCUGCGGCUGUGUAGGAGUACACAACGCACAUUCAAGAGUGAUACUUAAAUGAUCGGUUAUCGUGGAAGAAAUGAAGAAUGCAUACUGAAGAGUGCACAGGGACGGACAGGACAGUCCGAUUAGAUUUCAGCGCUCGCCAAGUCGAAACGACCCUGGCUGCCGGGUAUGAAUGAAAUCGCCAGUCGGGACGACUCGGAUACAAUAUGUCGGCGAUAGGUAACAGUACCCAGACAGUUCCCCUUACAUCAUACUUGGCGACGCGACAAAUUAACGGCCCAAAGCGCUCAGUCGUCUUCCAUUCAGCUUUCUUCUUUUCUACCUUCAACCUCUCGGGGACUUCUCGGACGCCGCGCGAUCUCGCGCGAUUCCGUCGCGGAAGCGAACAGCACAGAAGUCGCGACUAGCCCGCCCCUGUCAACAACCCUAUCCCCUCCGGACAGCGUCCGCAAAGCCGGUCGACGGUCGUCUUCCGUCUUCUUUCCACCAGUCGCUGGGUCUUCUCAUCUUCUCCUCUCUCUCUUUCCCUCCUCCUUGGCCAUCAUCGCCGCCGUCGCUGUCGCCGCGCGGAGGUGGGGGUCCACACACCCUGACCCACAAGUAGGCCCUGAUCUCUACCCAGUCAGUCCAUCCGUCUGACAGGUCGAGGCAGGCGAUGCGGGCCCGAGCCGUGCGCACGACAACAUUGUGAACAUCGCUGAACUCUCUCGCGGUGAAGAGCAGUUUGACACGCACGUGAUCGAGUCCACGCGAACAAGACAGUGCAUCGGUCUCGUCUCAGAGAGGCGGUUUCUGCUUCUCUCUCUCUCUCUCUCUCUCUCUCUCUCUCUCUCUGUCUCUCUGUCUCUCUGUCUGUCUUCUCCUUUCUCUCUCCCUUUCGUUCUUCCUCCUGCUUUUUUCUUCACCACUCGACUCCCGAUCGGAGGAAUAGGAACGGAGGCGGCUUGAGGGAGGCUGAAGAUGAUACUGAGAGUCGACCCUAGGGGCAUCGUCCUUUUGCUCGCGCUAGCAGGAUCAGUUAGCGGUCAAGAUGGCGAGUCCUUUGUUGGCAGUUUGCUUUCAGGUUUUUUACACCUGGUAGAUACAGCGAAGACUGACGACUGUCCGGGAGUAUGCAUGUAUGCGCUGCCGUUAUUGAUGUGCGAUAAAGUUUUGGAGGAAGCACAGUGUCCCAGCGGUAUGCGAUGUUGCCUUGAAGACACAGUAAACGGCACCGGCUCGUCGUCUGAAAACGUCAUCGACGACGAGGAGCCGACCUCGACCGUGUCUACGACGACGAUGAAAACGACGACGAUUUCUACGACUACACCCACGACAACUGCAACAACGCUCGGCACGUCUAUUUCUCCAACUUCAGCAAAAACUACACCGGGAAGCUACAACGACACUAGCGACAAGUCAUCCGUGAAAACGUGCUCGGGGAUCUGCAUGAGCGAGAGGAUGGCCAAUUACUGCGACGCCGUGCUAGUGAUAGACACACUGUGCAAAUCUGGCUUCAAGUGUUGCGUGUCCCGGGAUGUCUUCGGCGAUUCGCCGCCACCCGAGCUCUUGGUGAUCGAUCGCACGAAAUCGAACGAGAAUUCCUCUUACAACGAGAAGAACAGCGGCGGUGCGUUCAGCAAGACGUCGUCCACGCCAAUGACGACGCGGCCAAACACAUCGCUUUCAACCAGCGUCUCCACGACACUCACUACGACAACGACGACAACUACGAUUAUGACCACCAGACAACCACCGCCAAUGCCGUUGACGACGACAACGACGACGGCAAGACCGGAGCCGUGCAGAGGAGAAUGCAUGAAUGAUCUAUCGGCGUUGCUCUGCGAUAACAUCGACAGCUACGCGUAUUGUCCAGCCGACGGGUUCAUACUGACAGUUUGUUGCAUGAACGAAUCGUCACCUGCGAAAACGGAAACGACGACGACGACGACAACGAUCCAGCCGUCCACGAAGGCUCCUCAACCGAAACAACCGCCAUGUCCUGGCUUUUGCCUGCUGAACAUUAUGGCGGCAUUCUGCGAUCGGCCGAACAUGUUUGUAGUGAAGCCGUCGAGCUGUCCUCCUGGGUCCUUCUGUUGCGACAACACAAAGAGUCCUCAGACCCCAAGACCAAAGCCGCGACCGCCUACAACCGUACCGCCGGACCCACGUCCGGAGUGUCCUGGUUCCUGCAUCAUGUCCUACUUGUCGUUCACCUGUUUCAGAAACGCCGAGCUGACGAAUCUGUUUAAGUGCAAGAAGCAAGGACACGAGUGCUGCGCUCCGAAGUCUCUGAUAAGAAAUGCCACGGAGCCGCUUCUGAUGAAUAGAAAUGACACGUUCCACGUCACGCCCAGACCUUACACCACCCCGCUCACUACGUCGAUUUACGAAACAACAACUGUUAGCACCACCACCAGAAGUCCCGUAUAUAGCAAGUACGUUUGCGGCGUGAAAGGUACGUUUCGCGGGCCGAUUCAGGCCCGAAAUUCUAAGAGGAGUGCACGCGUAGUAGGAGGUGAAGAUGCGGACGCCAACGAGUGGUGCUGGCAGGUCGCCUUGAUCAAUUCCCUCAACCAAUAUCUGUGCGGAGGUGCACUGAUAGGAACACAAUGGGUGCUCACCGCAGCGCACUGCGUCACAAACAUUGUCAGAUCCGGCGACGCGAUCUACGUGAGGGUGGGCGAUCACGAUCUCACCCGUAAAUACGGAAGUCCCGGUGCUCAAACUUUGCGCGUCGCAACGACGUACAUUCAUCACAAUCACAACAGCCAAACUCUCGACAACGAUAUCGCGUUGCUGAAGCUUCACGGUCAAGCGGAGCUGAAAGAUGGAGUUUGUCUGGUUUGCUUGCCAGCGCGUGGGGUCAGUCACACAGCUGGCAAAAGGUGCACCGUCACCGGUUAUGGAUACAUGGGAGAAGCUGGUCCUAUACCUCUUCGGGUGCGUGAAGCAGAAAUACCAAUCGUCAGUGACGCUGAGUGCAUCAGGAAAGUGAACGCUGUGACCGAGAAGAUCUUUAUCCUACCAGCCAGCAGUUUCUGCGCUGGCGGGGAACAAGGGAACGAUGCAUGUCAGGGUGACGGUGGAGGGCCCUUGGUAUGUCAAGAUGAUGGCUUCUACGAACUGGCCGGACUGGUAUCUUGGGGAUUCGGUUGCGGCCGUCAAAAUGUGCCGGGCGUGUAUGUGAAAGUCUCCUCGUACAUCGGCUGGAUAAAUCAGAUCAUAUCAGUGAACAAUCUUUAGCUUAUUUCGCAUACAUCUCGAAUAUACAUCUAAGACAUUUAUUUAUUGACGGAACGUUCCCAUACAACACGCAUGUCUUAGAGAUGUCUUCAAGACGUCUUAUUGUUUUCAGGAGUCUUUUGGAUGUCUUCAAGACACCUUUUAGACAUGCGUAUUGUGUGGGUUGUAGUACCUUCACGCGCUUGAUGAUACGUAGUACUAUGUUACACGCACGGGUAGAGAUAUUGCGAGACAAAACGGUUCACAGGUCGCAGAUCUGCGGUGUGUGUUCGGAAACGGGAGACUGAUGCCAAAAACAAUUCAUUUCGUAAAGUGUGAUGUCCGCGAUGUGUUCGGCGGCGAGCGACGUAAGUUGUAAACACAGUGCAAACAACAUGCGUUAAUGUGUGCGAAAAUUUCAUUUGGUUUCUCUUAUUUGUAAGUUACUUGAAUUACGUCGCCGCAGCUAAUAUCAGCUUCGGGAACCCCGUUGAUUCGAUAUUCCGACAAUACUCUUUUCUUUCUUUUUGUACUUCGUUAAUUGUGCCAUCAAGUGCGUAUAUUGUUUCUAGAUAACAAAGAUAUUUUUUUACGUGACAUAUGCUUCUGAAUAUAGAUGACUGGAUUAUUGUUGAUUAAUUAAUUAAUAGUAGGGGAAAAGAUAUAUGUGCGUUAGUUAUUUAUGUGUUAAAUCAUGUAACACGAGUAAGAGCCAAUUUCAUGAAUAUCGCUCGUAACUCCUCAAGUGGAUAAUAUCGAUUUAUCCCUGUGUGAGUAGUAUUCACUUAUUAACGAAGAUCUAUUCGAAAUCAAGCAAUAAUUUAGUAGUACAAGUAUUACUAUUGAAUAUUAACUAAUCUCGUUUACUUGUGAGAUUGGCUCUACUACACAUCUCUCGUCGAAAUUUUUGAAUUUUUAUAUUUAU